AUGGGCCUAGGAAAUCAAUUGAUGGUUUGGGCCACAGAGCAGGAUAAAAGAAGAUCAGCACCAUCCAGCCGUAGUGGUUAUGACACCGAACAAGAUAAUGAUACAACGUGUGCUCUGUUCAGAUCAAAAAGAUACGCUUCGGGGCUAAUACCAGGCGACGAUAAUUCAGCCAUCGGAUCAUUCGAUGGGGCUCUGCUGCUGCUGCUGGAAAACUCACACCACGGAAUGUUUGAGACAUCCUCAGAAAAAAUCAACAUCCUUAAUAACAACCGCAAAAAUUUCGAUCUGAUAUCAGAAAUCGGAGUGGAUAUCGACAAUUUAAUGGAAGCCUACAAAGACGAGAACAAUAUAGCCUCAGGAAAUUCUGACGGUGAAGACGAUUUCCUAAUGAAAGAUCAUCGUCGCCUUCCCAAGAGACGGAAAAGUAUCGACACCGUGGUAACCACCGGUUUUUUCCAUGACAAGUUCAUUGAAAAGACAGCGUCUGCUGGCGAAAAAUCUGAGCUAUUCAAUCGCCAAAACUUGCAGUUUCCAGAAUUUGGAAAAAUGUUAGAUGAAUUAUACGCGUUCUUCGAAAAUUCUAAUUAUAUCAACACUUCCUCCGACAAGACUAUUCACCUUCAAAGUUUCGUUCUUGGGAUGGCUGUCACAAUCGUUGGAUUUUUUCUCAAACCUUUAAUAGUAUCGUGGGUUGGCUGGUUCUUAUAUGUUACCUACCAACUCUUCAAACAUGUGGCAUUCUGGCUGACCGUGGCUGGGGUAGCCUAUCUUGGGUACAAGGCCUUUAUUGUUAUAAAUAAACUCAAUAGCGACACCAAAACCAACAGCUCAGCCGUGAAGUUUGCUUCCUCGAAUACUAGACAGGGUCAUUCUCCAAGUUCUAUUGGUAAUGAUAAAGCUCAUCCAAUUGGGAAAAUACCUUCACCUUCAAACAAACACCGUCCAUCCCCUAAACCGAUGUUUACUGCAGUUUUGAGAAAUACCCAAGAUAUUCAGCAGACAAAAACAGAAGCUCCAAAAAAGAGGGAUCUCAACGUAACCGCCAAUGAAUUGAGACUUCUUAGGGAGUUAGUAACCGCAAAAAAAGGUGGCCAAUCAUUAUCCAAUACCACUGAAUCAAUGAGAAUGUCUGCACCAAAUGGGGCCCGCCGUCCACCAGAUAGUAUGAAAAUUUCCCAACAAUCAAGACAACAAACACUGACGGGAAACAUAUUGAAAAAAGAAGGGUACGAUGAGAACCACUGUGAAGCUCUAUCAUCGAGGCCUUCAUCGAGGCCUUCAUCUCGAUCUAGAUCGCCUCGCAGGCUGCUAAACAAAGAAAGACUUUAUGAUUAUGCUGAUUCUGUAACGGAAACUUGCACUAUCGAUCAACUGAGUACUAACGCUAAAUUCCUAUUGUUGCAAUCGCCAUUUUCCACCACAAAAUCACCUUUGAGAAAAGCCCCAAACUCAAGGACUCGAAGCUCUAGUCCAGUGAGAAAUAUCAUGCCUAGUAAUGGCAGAAGUGUCAGCCCAAUGAAAAACACCAGAUCUGGUACCGAUAGAAGUGCCAGUCCAAUGAGAAAGUUGCCUGUGCCACAUCAUGCAGAGGCAAAAUCGCGACAAGACUCGGUGAUUGACAUGAAUUCAUUUAACGACGAUACUGAUAGCGUUAUCAGCAGGUCGCCCAGCAACAUAACUGGUAAAUCUUACACAUCAUCUAAGUACACUGAUAACACCAAUCUCAGUACUGACAACUUCUUUAUCAAUAACAAUAAUUCGCCUUCCAGGAAUAAUGAUUUUUCGGACACUGCGUCCGUGACAACCAGAGGCUCUAACUUUUCCAGGUAUUCUGGGAUCACCAAUUUGUCCAGUGAAUCAGCAGAAAGUGGCUAUUCCAGGGCUAAUACGAUUUUAGGCUCCAAGGGGAAUUACAAUAAGUUUGUGAGAAAUGCUACUACUGGCCCUAGAGUUGCUUGA